UGUGCGUGUGCGUGUGCGUGUGUCGCGGCUGCGGCCAUGUUCCCGCUACGAUCGAACACAUCUGGCCCAGGCGGGCGCGGUUCCGGGCAGCCUGCGCCGCCGGCCCAGCCGGUGCCGCCAGCCGCGCCGGAAGCGCCCGACCCGCCCACCGAGCAGGGCCUCGGCCGGCGGCGUCUCGCCCCGCAAACCGCUGGCGGGCAGUCUUUCAUGGACCAGCUGACCUCGCUGCAGCAGCCGGAGCGUAAGCGCUCCCGGCGCCAGACCCCGCCGGGUCGACCGGAUGCGGGGCGAGCCACCGCGCGCGCCUCGCGCCCCCGCGCAGCCGAGCCGGCCAACCCGCCUCCCCGGGACCCGGAGGCCAGUGCCCUCCUGCGAGCCACAGACCCGCCCCGCGGCCAGGCGGCCAGCCACACGACGCCGCGUUUCUCCGGGGUUCCCGCGCCGGCGGUGGUUACAGCCAUGGCCCCGGCGGCCGAGCCGGCCGCCAGUCCGCCCGCUCCGCCCAGUCCGCCGGCCCCAGUGGCCCCGGUCUGGCGCUUCCCCCAAGUGGACAUGGCCCUGCUGCAGCCGGACGAAUCGACGUGGCAGGCCUCCGAAGCGGCGGCUCGGGCGCUGCUGGCCAAUCAGGAACUGUCGCAGGAGCGCCGCUUCCAGGAGGCCAGCCAGCACCUCCGCGCUGAGAUCGCCCUCCAGCUGGCCGCCCGGCCGGAGCCGCUGCCGGUUGGCCUGGCUGCCGGGCCGUUCGACGUGGGCACCGACAGCCGCGACACCUCGCCGGGGCCCUGGUGUCCGCGGGCGGCCCUGCUUGGGGUUCAGCGGAUAGACCCCUCGAGCCCGGGCGGCGUCCAGCCCCCCGGGCUGCCCGGUGUGGACGCGUCCCCGCCGGGGGCGGUGCUGUCCGAUGCCACCACCGUGGGCCUUGACGAUGGGCAUCCCGGCGAUGACGAGCAGUCCCACGAGAGCGAUGAUCUCUUUGAGCUGGAGCCCACCGGGCCAGGCAGUCCAUGCAGUUUGGCCGCCCCCCCAAGCGGGGGUCUUUCCCCGGGAUCGGGUGCGCUCGCUGGCUCUCGGUCAGCCGACGCAGGGCCCCCCCGGGAAUGUGCGGCCGGGCACGACUCACGAGUGGCCAUGUCCAGCGGCAGCCAAUCCCUGGGCCCGACCGAGUCCCGGGCAGCCCCCCCAUUGACCGUUUGUCAAGCCGCCGAGCAGGCCGCUGGCCGGCCAGCCGAGCCUGCCCCUUCCCCGGCCCCAGGGCAGGACGGUUCCCAACCAACGCAGGAUCUCGUCUCCCAGCCGCCGACACAGGAUCUCGUCUCCCAACCACCAGCGCGGGGCCCCUCCCAAGCAACAAUGCACACGGCUUCCCAGUCGGUGUCCGAAGGCGACUCUCAGCUGGCCACCUGGGGCGACUCGCAGUCGGACACGGAUGGGGGCCGUUCGCCCGGCGCCGAGGAUGGCCUCGAGCUGGCCAUGCACAGCGGCCAGGCCCCGGGCACCAACCGGGGCCCGGCUCUGCAGAGUGUGUGUCUCUGGUCCGAGAGCGAGGGCGACCUGGCGACCGGCGCCACUGACGGCCAUGCGCUGCGACGUCUGGCCGUCAUGUCCACCAUGGUCGAAAUGCACCUCUCCAGACGCCCUGCCCCGGGGGUGGGCCCGAGCGCGACCGCGGCCGGGGUUUUCGUGCCGCCGGUGCACAUCUUCCCCCUGGCAGGACAGCCGGUGCUGGAGGGCAGCGUCGAGCGCCCGGCCUCCGAGAGGGACAUCCACUAUGCCAAGGAGGAUGGCACCAGGCGCAUUGUCCUCCCUCGGCAUGUGGAGGUAGGCCGGAGCGCUGUCCAGCGGACGGCCUUCCUCUGCCAGGCGCUGGAGCGUUUUUGUGAAUGACAUCCCCCCCCCCCCC